AUGGUGGAUGCAGAUUUCAGGCCUUUGGAAGUGGAGGUCGAGUUGUGGGAAGUUGGGGGUACAAAGACCUACUCCUGUGCACGGCCCGUUUUCUACGACGCCUUAGAUGCUGUGUUGCUUGUGUACGACAUGUCCAACAUGAAGUCCUACCACGGGCUUGUGGCAUGGCUUUUCGAGCUUUGCUCUUUGGUGAGGCCUCCCUCCCUGAAGUACUGGGAUGCAGGCGGAGGAAGUGGUGGCCAGCCUGACAUGGACCUGGAGCUUGGUGACUCAAGGUCAAGUGAACAGGGAAUUCUGGGUGGCAGAUGCCCCGUCCUCUUUGUGGCAAACAAGUGUGACUUGCAGGACCAGCAGCAACGGGAGAACUUUGCGAGGAACAAACCGAGGCCAAUCCCACCCGAGAGACCUCCUCUCGUGGACAGACUCUUGGGGGGCGGCACCGGCGACGCCUUUCUGCAACCAUAUCGAAGGUCGACCGCGGAGCAGCAGCUCCUAGAAAAGCUUUGCCUGCUGCAGGCACAAUGGGACAUUGGUGAUAGCAUUGGUGCACUUCUAAGUACAGUACGGAUUCUAGCUUUGCAGCAAGAGCUUGCCAUGGCAGCCAUGGGAGUUGCUGCUGCUGUUGCAGCUGGUGGGGCCAUUGGGAUCAUCGCCUAUCAGACGUCGUGUGGCUGCUACCCCUCUUCAGCUUCACGAGUGGUCUCAGUUCCGGUGAAAAAAAGAUCUUCAACUACUACAAGUCUCAUGGGAGAGGUCUUGUGCCAACUGCCAGGCAUGCUGGGCAGGACGCGCCGCCAUGUCACGUUGGUGGGCGAUAUGCUCAUGCAUGGGUCAGUGGCAGGACAAGCAGAAGGCUCCAUAUUUCUGAGAGGAGCCGAAGUAUGCAAACAUGGCAAAGAGCUGCAUGUGAUCAAAGACGCAGAGCUGGCCAUCGCCAUCUACUUUGACGACGAAGAAGAGGCGGAUUUCUGGGCGAAGGGGCUGUCCUCUGCAGUCAAAGUCUCUGACAGUUUGCCCAAGCUUUUCAGUAUGCAUGCUCGCGAAAUGAGCAAAAGAAGCGAAGAGGCGAAUGCAAGUGCUGCAAACGCCAUCUCCAAGUUGCUGAGCUUGAAGCGGAGGGAGCUGACCGAGGUGGAGCGAAAAGCCCAUAACUACGAGUUGGUGGCAGACCAAAAGCAACAAGAGGUGCAGGAACUUCAGGAGCGCUUGGCAGCACAGGCAGCCUUAGCGUCACAAAAAGAGGAAGAAAUGGAGCGCCUCCGGCAAGAGGUUGAGGCCGAGAAGAAUAAGGUUGAUCGAAUGGAGCUGGACACAACAGCUGCAUCUGCACCUGCUGACGAAUCUUCAAGAGCUGAAAACGAUGAAAAGGAGAAGUGUCAUAGGUACCACCAGAGGGCUCACUUUGAGAAAAGCCAAAAGAUGGAGGAGGUGCAAAAGCGCUUGCUGGCGAUGCAAAAGCUCCUGGAGCAAAGUGAAGCUCCAGGUGUAAGAAAGCCGAGGCGGAGCACCCCGGCCUCUUUUCCUUCCCAGUGAUGCCACAACCUGGCAAUUUGAAAAGGGCUCCCACACGAGGAUCCAAUGAAUUCAAGCUUAGAGCCUUGCUAUUUGUACAAUGCGACCUGCUGAACAAAUAGGCCUUGCGUUACAAGCUCUGCCAGAAACAUGGGACCACAUCUUUAUUUUCCAAUAUUUUCUAUCAUUUUGAUGAUUGCAUACAUGAAUGCAGGCAAA